GUCGUGAGAAGGAGCAGCCGGUUGGCGGGGGCAGGGCAGCCACCUUGCCGAUCCUUCUUUAGUGACGUGUUCCUGAAUCCUGCCUCGCAUCCCGGACCGGACAGGACAGGGCACAGCAGAGCCGCGCCGCAGGAUGGCUGACGAGACAAGGCAAAGCAAGCUGGCUUCGGCAAAGAAAAAGCUGAAGGAAUAUCAACAGAAGAAUACCCCAUUGGUGAAUACUGGAACGAAAAAGAAGAGGAAAGUUAAAGAAGAAAGUGGUCAGGAUUCGUUGAGUAAUGACAGGCACUCUCCAGACAAUAUUAAGGACCUUCUGAAGGUUUUGGUGUCUGAUCUCAGUCAUUCCAAUGGGGUAGCUCUACCUUCAUUGGACCGAAACCAGGCCCACAGUGAUGGUGAAGUGGGCAGCACCUCCAGUGGACCGCUUGCUGAUGACUCUGCUACAUCACUGACUUCUAACACCGCCUCUGUUAUUAACUCUGAAUCUGUAGCCUUGCCACUUCACAAUGAUCCCACCUUGCAGGGCUCUGCACCUGGUGGAGAUUUAAAUGAAAAUUCAGAAGAAAACAAACCACUCUCUUCAACAGAAAGUCUACGCCAGUUGUCUCAACAGCUUAAUGGCUUGCUCUCCCAGUCCUCUUCCCCCUAUAUCAAUGGAGAUAGUGCAAUAAUGCCUACUAAUGAAAAAGAACUUGAGACACGUAACCAGGAGCUGGCAGCUGCCUUAGACUCCAGCACCCUAGAAAACACACAACUCAGUGCAAAGAUAGAUGAAUUGACGAAGCAAACUCAGGACCUUACAGAUCAACUAAGUAAGGAACGCAAGGAUUUUGAACAAAAGUUUAUAAAAGAUCAAGCUGCUAUGCGAGAACAGUUACAGGUGCACAUCCAGACAAUUGGCAUUUUGGUAUCGGACAAGUCUGAGUUGCAAACUGCACUGUCUCACACACAGCAAGCAGCAAGACAAAAAUCAGGUGAAGUAGAGGAACUGAGUAGCAGAUUUCAAGCCAGCAGGCAGCGUGUAGCAGAACUUGAACGUACUUUAUCUUCAGUUUCAUCUCAACAAAAGCAACAUGAGAAGUAUAGUAAAGACCUGGAAAAAGAGAGAGACAGCCUUAAAAUUGAAGUAUACAGGUUAAAUAAAAUAUAUGAAGAAGUGAAACAGGAAAGUUCAGAAUUGUCUGAGCAACUACGAUUGAGACUAUUGGAAAAUUCAACAAUGAAGAUGAACAUUGACGAGUUGAACAAGAAAUUGGAGAUGGCUGAUCUAAUGAUCCAGCAAUUUUCCAGUCAGUCACAAUCUCCAGAUGCCAGUCAGCAACUUCAUAUGGCAAUGGAGGAAAAGAUUCAGUUGGAGUCACAGAUGAGUCAGCUGAUGGAGUCCAUAGAAAAAUUGAAAGCAGAAAGAGACCAGUAUGCAAUGCAAAUUCAGGAAGAUGGAAAAAUCUGGAAGCAAAGAACAGAACAGUUAAUCUCCCAGGUAAAGGCACUGUCUGAAGAAAAGGAGAACAGUCUCACCCAAAUCCAGGAGCUUGAAGCAUUAGUUUUGGAGUUGCAAAAUAGACCAGUAACUAUGCUGUCUCAAGAGAGUGCAGUGCAAGCAGCACCUCAAGAAAGAGGGCACACUGAGGAAGAGACUAAUGCAUUAGGAGAACAAGUGAGAGCAUUGCAGCAAGAGAAAGAUGAUAUUGGUGUCCAGUUGCAGACUCAGAUUAGAGAUAAUGAGCAACUAAGUCGACUAUGCCAAGAACAGGAGGAUCGACUCUUGGAACUGGAGCGAACAGUGCAGCGAUUCAAUGAUGAAAAUGUAGACCGACAGCAGAUCUUGGAAGAUAUGCAGAGUGACAAGGCCACCAUCAGCCGUGCACUUGCACAGAAUCGUGAACUGAAAGAGCAGCUGGCCGAACUUCAGAACGGCUUUGUCAAACUUACUAAUGAAAAUCUGGAGCUUACAAAUGGCCUGCAGUCUGAACAACAUGUGAAGAAGGAGCUUGUCAAAAAAAUGUCAAAGCUUCAAGAGGACCUUCAUGAAGUCAAGGAACAGAUGGAAGUAAAAGUAGCAGAGGCUAAAACACUCCAUGACCAGAGGGAUCAAUAUUUUACUCACUUGCAACAAUACACAACUGCCUAUCAGCAGCUGGCAAUAGAGCGUGAGGAUUUGCAUAAGCAGUAUUUAAUCCAGACACAAUUGAUGGACCGACUGCACCAUGAGGAAGUCCAGGGCAAGGCUCAGCUUGAGAUCAGUCAGCAGGAGCUGCAACAGGCCAAGGAUAAUCUUGCCCGUUUAUCCAUGGAAAAUGAAGAAUUAAAGGAAGAAUUAGGAAAGCGAGAAAAUGUAAACCUCAGCACGUUACCUAGGGAUCAGGGUGAUGGUGUGGAAAGCAGUACUGUCUCUGAGGGGAAACAGAACAGUCAAAUUAUAAUACCAGAGGAUUUUGAGAGCAGAGAAGAAAUGGUGGCCUUUCUGACAUCCACUUUAUCUCAGCUGCAGCGUGAGAGAGACGAAAUUGCCCUUCAGCUAAAGGAGCAAAAACGGCAACACCAGGCAGCCAUUCAGCAAGCAGUACAUUUAAGGAGUGAGCAGCAGUUGCAUACCAUGGCUGUUACAGAUGCAAGUGGUUCUACGGUUCCUAUAGAAAUACAUGAAGCCCUCAGAACAUCAAUGGAAAAGCUACAGGCACGAUUCAUAGAGAUGAUGCAGGCUAAUGUGGAACUUAAGGAGAGGGUGGAGGAGUUGGAGCAUCGAUGUAUCCAGCUGUCGGGAGAAACUGAUACCAUAGGAGAGUACAUUGCCCUGUAUCAGAACCAGAGGGCCAUUAUGAAACAGAGACAUUUUGAGAAAGAGGAGUACAUCAGCAGACUAGCCAAAGAGAAGGAGGAGAUGAAGGUAAAGCUGUCAGAACUGCAGAAUCUAGUGAUGCAGGUGGUGACAGAAAGAAACGAAUGGUACAACAAAUUCCUCCAAUCACAGCAGAACCCUGACCUCAUUGCUGGCAAUGUAGAGUCAAGCAUUUCCGCAGAAAGAAGAAUUGAACUGAAUGCAACUGACGGUGGAGAAAUGGCAGACAUAAGUUUAAUGGACGAGAAUGAAGUGCCGCCUCAGUCAGAUGAAGAGAGAAAGCCCCAUCACCAAGAGGAUGCCACAACGCAGCAGAUCAUGCAACUGCUACAAGAGAUCCAGAAUCCUCAGGCCGGGCCGAGCUCUUUCCUUGGGGAGAACCCCUGUGUCCCCUUCUUCUACAGACUUGAUGAAAAAGAUGAAAUCAAAAUAAUGGUGAUCUGAGUCGCUUGGUGCUUUGACUUCUGUUUCAGUGUUGGAUCUCAAAUAACUAUAACCUGAAGCCAGUGAAAUAACAAAAUGAGGCUUACAGUGAAAGAGAAAAAUAAAAAGUCUUGUAUUAAAAAAAUAUAUAUAUAUAUAUAUAGUAGAAUAUACAGGCUCUUUCUGUCAGUGCGGUGUCCAGACUGCACCAUAGCUGGAAUAACUGAGGUCCUAAAAUGUUUGCCAUUGCGAUUUAGACUUGGCUCAAAUGAAUGGCCGCAUGUUAUUUUGUUGCACUUUAAAAAGAAAGCUUUAGUCAGCUUCUGGGUUUCAUUCGGCGCUGUCCGCUCAAACUCUUUUGAUGCACAGAUAGCCAGUGUUGACAACACCGGCUGCUGCCUACCUGUUACGUAAGGAUGCAUGACUGGUGAAAAUUGAUAACUUGGGGAAUGGUGGGAUCUCUGAUGGUUGCUAUUUAAUUUUAAAUAUAAUUGUGUUUUAUUUCAGUAAUUGGUUAUGGGAGCCAUAAUAAUGAUGGUAGUGGUAUUCCAGUGUGUUAAAAAUAAUUAUAUUUGAGCAGUGGCCACCAAUGCAUCAUUUGGGAGGUUCAUGUGAAGGCUGCCAUCCUGCAGAUCUUGAGCUCCUUAAUAAAAAAAAAAAGUCAAUUAUUUUGCUAUUGACCAACAAAAACGCACUUUGUACCGAUGAAGAGAUCUGUCUGAUUACCCAUGUGUUCUAUUGGUUGGGAAGUUAAAGAAAGGAAAGUGAGAAAGAAGAAAAAUAGGGGGAUUGUCUUGAGAUAGGAAAUUACUCUUUUCUGAGAGAUAUUGAGUAAUGAAUUAGAGCGUUAUGAUUCUGAUUUUGUGUGGCUGAGAGGAAAGCAGAUUAAGAAGUAACUAAGAUAUGAAGAAGUGGUUGAGCUUCUUAACAACAUCCCCUCCCCACCCCAUUAUGUCUGUUAAGCGGCAUAUCACGUUAUUGCAAAGCAUUGAACUUUUGUAAUGAAGGUGAAAAUACAGAAAGUCCGAAGAUCCCAUUUGUCUUUUGAUGUUUUGCACUCUCUCUGUGACACAGUGCUUUAUGGUCGUAAUAACCAACAUUACUGGCAAGAAAAGUAUUGAAAAUUUGGGUUGGGGUCUACUUGGCAGUAUAUACAGCUAUCACCAGAACGACAAUAUUUCAGGCAAUUUUAGUAAGAGAACUAAUGUAUAUGAACAGCUGCCUAAAGUCUAUAUUAAUUAUUUCUUUUAAUAGUCACCAGUUUUAUUUACUUAAACAUUCUGAAAAUAAAUGUAAAAGGUGAUAUACUGUGCAAAGAAAUAGAAUUUUAGGCCUAACAAACACUAAGCUCCUGUCUUCAUGGUCUGUAAAUGUGAAGAGGAAAUUCAGUCACAGAAGAACUAAACUAUACUUGAAUAAGAUUGGAAGGCAAUGGAUUAUUAUUUUUAAAGAUUACUGUGGUUUGCUUUUUUAUGGUUGUCUUCACAUGUUGGUUCAAGUAAUUUUUUACUUCAAUGUCUUGGAACACACUAUCAUUGAUGAAGCUUCAUGAGAGUAUUGAUGUUUCUGUGUACAACAGUACUUUUUUUUUGAUGAGUUUGAGGCAAUUUUAAUGGAUCACCAAAAAGGAUGGAUGUUAAUGAUAUGUGUACUUACUUUUGAUGUCACCUCGAGAAAUAGAGAAGAUGAAAUGCAUGGCCAAUAUCUCUGCUUAAUGUGGAUUGAAGUAAUUAGGUUGGAAUAGUAUGAAAUGAAAGGUGGCAUAUUUGUAAAAACUACACAAUGCCGCUUUAUUAUUAUGGUGAUUUUUGUCAUUCUGGGUUGCUGUGUGAAGGUGAAUUUAUACACUUGCAGAUGUUCACACUCAAAAACAUUUUUUUUUGUUUCACUAUUUAAACAUUUAAUUUGUAAUCGUUUGUGCAAUUUAAAUUCCUUAUUUCACCGCAGUUAUAUUUUGUAUCAUUUCUUUUGUCCUUAAGCCACACUAAGAAUUUCUUCUGAAACCUUGACAACAAAUGGCCAUUUUGUUUUUGCUUAAAAAUUUCUGACUACUCUCCCUGUCCGCCAGUAGGGCUGCUGUGCUCCUCCCUUACAGAGCCUGCUUGAACCCUUGAAGGAACCUUGGGUCUCCUGAUGCAACUUGCAUUAUUGCAACACUUGUAAUGUAUUUGGUCUCUGCCUUAGCUCUUUUGGAAGUGUAUUUCAGGGGAGAGAAGGCUUUCUCUUUUGUAACAGAAAGUUGUAAAUACUGUAACAUAUUGUAUAUUCAUGACGUAGCAAAACAAAUUGAAGCGGUUUGCAGCCUUUUCUGCUGCUCUGGCAUUAUUUACUUGUAAAUCUAAAAAAAAAGGGAUUGUUGGGGUUAACUGUGAUUUACUUUUCAGAGUAAUUAAAAUAUUUAUUUGGAAUACUUAAAAAGAGUGUUUUAAAAUGAAAACAAGCCCUCCAUAUCAUAGAGGAAAAUGAUGUCUGCAAUACAUUUCUGAUGUGAUUAAUCCUGUUAAUUGCCUUCUCUUUUUUUCCAAAAUAAAGCAAAUCAAAAAAA